UCUCUCUCUCUCUCUCUCUCUUUCUUCCACUUUUACCUGAACCCAGAACUCAUUUCUCACCCCCUUCUCUCUCUCUUGAUCGUCUCUCUUUCUCAUGUAAAUAUAUAUACAUACAUGUUUUUGUGUGUGUACAGAUUAUCUCACUUCUGUCUAUGUUCACUUAGAAAUCAAUAGCUAACAAGUGAUUGGGGGCAAUACUAUGUUGAAUGCAACUAGGACUAGUUGAAGACCAAUUCAUAUGUGAAACUUGAAUGUGAAUUGAACAACCUCUGUUUAGGAGACGAACAAUGGGAGGGCGUAGUUCGAAGAAUUCUAUUCCUCAUAAUAGGUUCUCAAAUAGCAACGGUCGUGUUGAUUAUUAUGGGUCUGGUCGUUCAGAGUAUCAACCAAACGGGGUUAAAUCAAACUCGGAAAAUGAGAUUAAAUCAAAUUUGCUGAGUAAUUCCACUCCUCUGCAAGUGCACGAUAGCAGCGUGGAGAAGCCAUUGAAAGAAUCAAGUUCAUUUCAUGAGAAGGGUUCAGAUGGAUAUAGGAGCAAUGAGGAUGAUUUUUAUGAUGGAAUUCCACGUUUUCCGAGGUCUCUAUCACAGAAAUCUAGAUCAAUGAGGUCUAAGCAGGCAAAGGCCGCAAAGGUUUCAGAAGGGAGUUCACGCUUAGGCAAAGCUCGUAAUCGUGGCCUUGGGAAGGCUGUUGAAGUCUUGGAUACACUUGGAAGCAGUAUGACUAGUUUGAAUCCAAGCAGUGGCUUUGUUUCUGGGGUGACAACUAAAGGCAAUGAACUUAAAAUUUUAUCAUUUGAGGUUGCUAACACAAUUGUUAAGGGUUCCAGUCUUAUGCAGUCCCUUUCAAAACGGAGCAUGCGACAGUUGAAAGAAGUGGUGCUUACUUCAGAAGGUGUUCAACAGUUAGUGUCAAAUGACAUAAAUGAACUCUUAACUAUUUUUGCCACUGAUAAGAGGGAAGAGUUGAAAAUUUUUUCAGGAGAAGUAGUUCGUUUUGGAAAUCGUUGUAAAGAUCCUCAGUGGCACAACUUGGACCUUUACUUCGAGAAACGCAGUAAACAACGUGCCCCUCAUAAUCAGUUGCGUGAAGAAGCAGACCAGAUGAUUCAGAAAUUAAUGACCUUGGUUCAAUACACGGCUGAGUUGUACCAGGAGUUGCAGGCAUUGGACCGUUUCUUUGAGCAAGAUUCUCAGCUUAAGCGUCAAGAAGAUGAUAAUCCAUAUUCGACUCAAAGAGGUGAUAACCUUGCAAUUUUGAGGGCUGAUUUAAAAAGCCAAAGGAAACUAUUGAAAAGCUUGAAGAAAAAGUCACUCUGGUCCAGGACUUUGGAAGAGGUCAUGGAGAAACUUGUUGAUAUUGUCCUCUUUUUGAAUCGGGAGAUGCAUAACAUCUUUGGCAAUGCUGAUGGUGAUAAACCAUCAGAAGGAUCUCUGGCCAAUCAACAAAGAUUGGGAUCUGCUGGUCUUUCAUUGCAUUAUGCGAACAUUGUAAUCCAGAUUGACACAAUUGUAGCCCGAUGCAGUUCUAUGCCUUCCCAUUUAAGGGAAACAUUAUACAAGAACCUUCCACCAAGUAUGAGAUCAACUUUGCGGUCCAAACUUCAGUCUUCUCAUGUAAAAGAAGGGCUCACUGUUACAGAAAUUAAAGAUGAGAUGGAAAAAACAUUGAGCUGGCUUGUUCCCACUGCCAUAAACACAGCAAAAGACCAUCAUGGAUUUGGUUGGGUUGGAGAGUGGGCAAAUACGGGGUCAGAAUCAAAUCGGAAGCCAGCUGGACCAAUUGAAGUGAUUCGAAUUGAGACAUUUCACCACGCAGACAGGGAAAGGACCGAAGCUUGUAUUCUUGAGCUAUUGGUGUGGCUUAACCAUCUGAUAAAAGAAUCCAAGGUUAGCGCAAAUGGUAGUGAGAAGAGAUUGCCCAUCAAAGCCUCAAGUGACACAUCCUUCAAAGAGACAAAUCAGCAUUCCGAGCAAUUGGCCAAUAGUGCCUCAUCAUCUAAGCAAAGUAUUGAGGACCAAGAGAUGGUACUGGACACAAUAGAAAGUGGAGAAAAGGAUUAAGAGUCAGGACUUCGAUUCCAUGCAAAAAACUAGGGCUGAGCAAGGAAUUCGUGAAAUUCGUAAUCCGAUCCAGUUCAAUCCAAUCCGAUAGGUUUGGAUUGGUUUUUUGAAUCCACGGUUCGGUUCCGGAUUGAAGAAUUAAAAAUCCGUAGUCCACGGAUUGGUUCCGGAUUGAAUCCCAUAGUUCCGGGUUGGAACCGAUCCAGACAGUGUACAAAUAGUCUAUAUUUUUAUUAUACAUCCUCCCCCAUAGUAUCUUCUCUUAUUCUAUAUAAAAUCUAAACUCAAAUCUAAAACCGUAUAAUAUCUUAUUUUAUUACUUUUGUUUA